CAAAACAUAAAACAUUACUUCCCAAAGUCAACAAAACAAGGUUGAAAAAUUUACUCGGUAGGAAAAAUAAUUAAGUUUACGUAGAAAUGGCAGAAGAUGAUGAAAUCAAAGAAUAUAGAUGGGAAACUGGAUACGAGAAGACAUGGGAGGAGAUACAGGAAGACGAUGCAGGCUUAAUUGCAAGCUCAAUUCAUGAUAUAAUUCAAAAAGCGAAGCGAAAGAGACAAGAAGCCAAAAAAAAAGGCUCAAGAUUGGGAAUGAUGAGACAUAUCUAUAUUAUUCUUGACUGUUCUGAUGCUAUGUCAAUGCCUGAUUUAAAGCCGACAAGAUUUAUAAAUGCUGUUCGAAUGUUACAGCUGUUUGUUGAGGAAUUCUUUGAUCAGAAUCCAAUUUCGCAGCUUGGAAUCAUUCUCCUUAAGAAUAAGCGAGCUGAAAAGGUUGCAGAUCUAGCAGGAAAUUACAAGAAUCAUAUUAAAAUCUUCCAGAAUUUAACAAAAGCUUCAUUGACUGGCGAGCCAUCAAUUCAAAACGGACUGGAUUUAGCACUUCAGACACUGAAAAUGAUUCCAGCACAUGCCAGUAGAGAAGUAUUAAUGGUUCUGGGAAGUUUAACGACUUGUGAUCCAGGUGAUAUCGAAGAAACAAUACAAAGCUUAAAACAAGAAAAUGUACGAUGUUCAGUCAUAAGCUUAUCCGCAGAGACUAGAAUAAUGCGACAUUUGACUUUAGAGACAAGUGGAAUUUACAGUGCAAUUCUAGACGAGACACAUUUUAAAGAUCAGUUAUUUCAGCACAUUGAACCGCUGCAAGCAACAAACAGCCAGGAAUGCUCAUUAAUCAAAAUGGGAUUUCCCCAUGGCGUUGUACAGGAUGCAUCAUCAAAAAAAGACCAAUCAAUGAUGUCUCUCUGCAUGUGUCAUCUAGAAAGCAACAGCGAUAAAAGAAAUUUAUCAAUUAUCGGCUAUUUCUGUCCUCAAUGUCAAGCAAAAUACUGUGAAUUGCCGGUAGAAUGUGUUGUCUGUGGAUUAACAUUAGUUCUAGCCCCACAUCUGGCUCGUUCUUAUCAUCAUUUAUUUCCAAUUCUUAAUUUCAUAGAAGUUCCAAACCAGCAUCAAUCAACGCAUUGCUUUGCCUGCCAAAAGCAGUUCCAAGAAUCUGACAAGCACCUCUACAAAUGUCCAAAAUGUGAGAAGCAUUAUUGCAACGAUUGUGAUAUGUUUAUCCACGAUACUCUCCAUACAUGUAUUGGCUGCUCAUCAGUUCCACAGCGCCCACAAAUGAAUCAUUACGAUAAUAAUCGAAUUUUCAAGAAUGUAAUUUUAUAAAACAAUUUUCUAUGUGCUCAAUAAACAAUAAAAGCUCUAUAAAACUCUAAAAC